GCGGGGCACACCCUAAAGAGCUGGAGCAGGCUGUGCGUUGCAGAAGCGAGUGUUGGCGUUUGCGGUUUCUUGUUCCUGCCAGAAUGUCAUCCGGAAAUGCUUAUAUUGGUAAGCCGGCCCCUGACUUCCAGGCCACAGCUGUAAUGCCUGAUGGACAAUUCAAAGAAAUCAAGCUCUCAGACUACAAAGGCAAAUAUGUUGUGCUGUUUUUCUAUCCGCUUGAUUUCACCUUUGUUUGUCCAACUGAGAUUAUUGCAUUCAGUGACAGAUCUGAGGAGUUUCGGAAAAUAAACUGUGAAGUGAUUGGAGCUUCUGUCGACUCCCACUUCUGCCACCUUGCCUGGAUCAACACUCCUAAGAAGCAAGGUGGCCUGGGUAGUAUGCACAUUCCCUUGGUAUCUGACACAAAGCGUGUGAUUGCUAAAGAUUAUGGAAUACUAAAAGAAGAUGAAGGCAUUUCUUACAGGGGUCUCUUUAUCAUUGAUGACAAAGGAACUUUACGCCAGAUCACAAUUAAUGAUCUCCCAGUUGGCCGUUCAGUUGAUGAAACACUCCGGCUAGUUCAGGCUUUUCAGUUUACAGACAAACAUGGAGAAGUGUGUCCUGCUGGCUGGCAACCUGGAAGUGACACAAUCAAGCCUGAUGUUCAGAAGAGUAAAGAGUAUUUCUCCAAGCACAAAUAAACGUGUUUCAUUUCUGUGUUUUGUACAAGGAAACUAUUAUGUAAUUUGUAUAAAAACAUAAGCCUGCCAUUGUUUAAAGAGUAACCCUAUUGUGUGAGCUAAGAUAUUUACAACUACAUUUCAUAAGCCAUUUAUUUCAAAUCAGUCUGACUGACAAGUACCAUGACACUGGAGUAAAUAGAUUACAAGUAAAAUUUAUUUGGCAGCAGCUAUUAAGUAUUGGGGAAAUUUACUUCCUUAUUUAUCUGUACUGCUAUAGAGAUUUUUUUCGUUUCUUGUGCUCACAUGGAUAAUUGAGGACCAGAUGGUUUUUCUAGUAUUUUGUAUUGUCAUUAAACUUGUGGGGAAAAUGGAA